AUGGAGAUAUUUCUCAAACUACCCAAGGAAAUAUUAUCACUAAUUUUCAGUAACAUCCAAGAUAUAUCUAUAAUCAAAAACUUAAUAUAUAUUCCAGGUUUACAACAUAUUGCUUUAGAAAGGAAAUAUCCAAAAUUUGAAAUAAAUGAUGAUCAAAAUAAGUCAAUUGAAACAUUAAAAGGGCUUUUUCAACUGUUCAAGUUCAUACCUUCGUUAAUAAUUGGGAAUGUAAAACAAAUCAAUCAACUAAUAAAUGAACCAAAUUUCAAAUCAGUCAAUUAUGAAGUCAAGAUCUUAGAAGGUACUUCAUUUACUGAUCUUUUCUCGAUUCUGAAUAAAGUUUACAUAGUAGGUUUACAUUUGGAUCAAUAUUUAGAACAUUUUGUUGGGAAUUUCAAAAACAAUGAAAUCAAAUCAUUCCUAAAUUUUAUUGAAAGUACCUUUUUACAAUCAUUGACAAUAUCUCAUUUCAACAUAUUUCCAAUUCAAUUUCCAAAAUCUUUGAAGGAAUUAACAUUAGAUAAAGGUCAUAAAAUUAAGUUGGAUAUAAGUGAUUUACAUCAUCUCGAGUCAUUUGAUUGCAAAAACCUCCGCGAUAUGAUUUCAUUCGAUGCUCUUCAGCUCCCACCACUAUCUUUGAAAAAUUUAAGAGUUUAUUCCUGUGGUUCUAGAACUUUAGGUGAUUUAUCCAAGUAUAAAAAUCUAAAAUUACUUCAUAUAUCUUGCUGUCCUGAACUUUUUGGCCUAGUUAUUACCCUGUUUCCCGAUUCAUUGGAAAAUUUGAAUAUCAUCAGCAAUUUUCAUCCUCAAAGAACAGACGAAGUAUUCGAAGAAGAACAAUUUAAUUUUUUGAACUUUUCAGACUUUGGCCUGCGGAUUCGUAUCGACGCUGACUUUAGGUUCCCUCCAAAUUUGAAGAAUUUAAGGAUUUGCGAUAUUAUGAAGACCCUAGAAAUAGGAAAUAUUCAGCUUCUGAACAAGCUCAACUGUUUGAAAUUAAAUGGAAUUGGAAGUCUUGACUUAGCCGAGGUUUUAGACGGUUUACCAAGGAAAAUGUCCGAAAUCAUCAUUACAAAUUGCUGGGUUCCAGCUGAAGGUUAUCUUCAUUUUCCUGAGCUGAAGCGGAUUAAGUUAAUCAAUAAUGACCUAUGUUAUGGUUUUUUAAAAUCAAAUUUGAAUCAAUUAAAAUCUUUGAUGGUGUUAGAUAUGUCUGACAAUUAUUGCUCAGAUUGCGGCCCUAAACAUGACCGACUUGACCCAUUGAACCUUUUAACUAAUUUGGAAGAACAUGUACGUUCUAAUUAUGUUUUCAAUUCACCCAAUUUGCAAAACUUAAUUUUGAAAAGCUCAAAGCCAAUGGAUUAUGAAUACAUUUCGUCUUUUCAAGUAUCAUUUAAAUGUGAAAAUUUGACCAAUUUGAAAAUGAUAAAUUUAGAGGUCAAAUCAUUGGAUCUUAAUAAACUUCACAAUGCAUCAAAGGAAUUGAUAAUCAACACUUUAAAAUUAGAAACCAUUCAAGGAAAUUUUUCUAGGUUUAGUAAUUUAAAGAAAUUGGAUUUAGAAAAUAAUCAAGUAACUUUCUCAAUGUUGAGUUCUCAAAACUUCCCAUCAGGUUUAACACAUUUGAAUUUAUCAAAUAAUAAAAUUGAAGAUUUAAGUUGUUUAGUUUUAGAUAAUUGUAUUCAUUUAAAAGAUUUAAAAUUGAAAAAAGUAACACCAGAACGCACACCAGAAGGUGCAAUUCAAUUAAUUAAUUCAUUGUUUUAUGUUGAUCCCCAUAUUGAUGCAAUUUUAACAAAUUAUGAGACCGAAGUGAUUUUUGAGAUUAUUAAUGGAGUUGAAAUACAUUCGUUUUUGAAGUCUAAUUAUAAAAAAAGGAGAAUUUGUUAA